ACGGAGAGGCAGCCACGCAAAAACCGCGACCGAGCCAGCCUGAGGCCUGAGCCGAACCUCCACUCCAGGCCGCCGCCGCUGUUGCUUCCGGUUCGCCACCACUCGCUCGGUCGCUCCGCUCGCCGCACCCGCACUGCAGUCUGCAUCCCCCUUCCCUUCCCCAUGGCCGCCUCGCCUUCCCUCCACGCCCCCCGCCUCCUCCACCUGCUCCCGAACCCCGCCCCGACUCUCGGCAGGCCCCGGCGGCGGCGCCUCGCGACGGCGCCGGCGUCGGCUGUGCCGCCGUCGAGGAACGGGAGCUCGGCGGGGACGGACUGGUGCCCCGUGCCCCCGGAGCAGCGGCCCGUGAACGAGUACGAGGCGCUGGCCGCGUCGCUGCCCUUCUCCUGGGCGGCGGGGGACCUGCGCCUCUACUGCUCCCGCCUCGCCUUCACGGGGGCCGCCUUCGCGCUCUUCGUCGGCCUCCCCGUCGCGGCCUUCGGCGGCCGCGGGGGCGCCGGCGGCGACGCCCUGCACCUCGCGCUCGGGGCCACCGGCUCCGGCAUCCUCGCCGUCACGCUCGCCGUCGUGCGCAUGUACCUCGGCUGGGCCUACGUCGGGAACCGCCUGCUCAGCGCCACCGUGGAGUAUGAGGAGACGGGAUGGUACGACGGGCAGAUAUGGGUUAAAACCCCAGAAGUUCUAGCUCGUGAUCGUCUUCUCGGAUCAUUUUCUGUGAAGCCGGUGCUGAACAGAGUGAAGUUCACCCUGGUGGGCCUGGCGGUGUCGCUGACCCUCUGCAUCCUCCUCUACGCCAACACCGAGAAGCCGAGGGAGCCGCUGGAGAACCCCGCUGGCGGGAGGGCCAUCCCCGGGGUGUACAGCGACGCCGCCGCGAGGUCGUUCGAGCCCGACGCCUUCUGCGGGGAGCCCGACCUCGGCGGCGACCAGUCGUAACUUUCGACGGUGGUUCUGGUGGAAGGCGAUGACAGGAUCAUCUAUCUCAUAGCAUCCAUCCUGUUCAUCAGGGUGAAGUGGUGUAAAUAUCUAGCCGUACAUAGCGAUAGUCCAUACGAAAAAUGAAAUUGUAUGUA